UUCAAUAAGUGUGUUUUGUUAUACUGAAAAUAUAUUUAUUCCAUAUACAGUACCCAUUUUUAUCUAUUAUUAUUUUGAAGCCAAACUAAUUAAAUUAGUUUAUUUGUAAAAAAUAAAGAAAAUAAAGCAGUUAGCAAAAACAUAACAAAAACUAUUGCCAUUAAUCUAUCUGUUUAUUUUUAAAUACCAUUCAGUCUGUACGACUGCAGAUAUACAGAUACGUGGACAAUUUCUAUCGGUUAAGCGCUUGCGUGGAAAUCGUGGAAAUCGAUUUUCCCUACUUACCGGAAAAUAGUUCAGAUCUGUCAUGUGAACAUUUUCAAAUCACCUGAAUCGAGUUUUUAAUUUUGAGUGUAAGUUUUUUUAAAUAUGGUUUGUCACAAAUACAUACAAAUUGUCGCGUUUUUGUGUUAUUGCUCAUUGGGAUGUGGCGAUGAUAAUGUCCUGGAAAGAAAUAGAGAGAAUACUGCAAAACAACAUCCUGAAUUGUCAAAUUUGGUAAAAAAUUGGGCAACCAAGCUCGGAGGAGAAUUAUGGCAUUUUGGAGAUUUAGUAACAAGACAAAAUAGAGUAAGAGAUAGUUUUAAAGAAACAAAUCUCGUAGUUGAAGAUGGUGAAGUACUACUACAAAAUAUUCACGAAAAUAUUUCUCAUAUGAUGAAACAAAAAGUAGAUGCCGUGAGAAGGAUAAUGGAUCAGGCCGAGCAAAUCGCCCAAGCACAGAAAGAAACAGAUAUUGAUUUUAAUUUUUCAUUUUAUAAUGCCAAAAAUUUAACUAAUUCGCUAGAUAAUAUUACUGAAGAAACAUCUACUAAGGAACCUGAAGCAGAGGAACCUCAAGAUGAUUCUUUUUUAUCUAACCGUUAUCAAGAACAGCCGUAUCAUCAGUCGCUUCUUCAACAGGAGGAGAUAGAGGGAUACCAGAAAGAUGAAGAUAGUGAAUCUUCUGAGGAUCCUUUAUCAAAAGAUGAAGAGCUAUUUGAUUCCGAUUUUGAGAUUACUGAUGGUACUGAAAAAGGUCCUCAGGCUAUACUUAAUAAAACUCCAAUUGAUAAGUCAAAAUUACCAUUAAUACGAAACAGAAAUUUUUAUGAUAUUCCUGUUAAUAUGAACGUUAGUGCCGUCCAUGUACCUAGUAAUGUUUACGAAAGAUCAAAAGAAGUGAUUGCUGGUAUCAAAUGGUCAGAGGAAUUAGAUAAAACUUUUAGAUCGAAUUAUGAAAUAGAUCCAACUUUAUCAUGGCAAUAUUUUGGAAGCUCCACUGGUUUUAUGAGACAAUAUCCAGCCAUGAUAUGGUCUCAAGAGCCCAUAGACCUUUUUGAUUGCCGUACAAGAUCCUGGUAUAUUGAAGCUGCAUCUUCGCCAAAAGAUAUUGUGAUAUUAGUAGAUAGAUCUGGAUCUAUGACUGGAAUGAGAAGAGAAAUUGCAAGACAUGUUGUCCACAAUAUUUUAGACACUCUGGGAAAUAAUGAUUACGUAAAUAUUUACACGUUCAGCAAUACAACAGACUCCCUGGUUGAGUGUUUCGAUGGUCAGCUCGUACAAGCAAACUUAGCCAAUGUUCGUGUACUAAAAGAGAGUAUGAGUGAUUUUAAAACAGAACAAAUCGCAAAUUUUUCUUCAGCUCUCAUAACUGCUUUUGAGUUGCUUCAAGAUUAUAGAAUCAACAAAAAAGGGGCCAGGUGUAACCAAGCUAUAAUGCUAAUAACUGAUGGUGUUCAAUACAACUAUAAAGAAAUUUUUGAGAAAUAUAAUUGGGAGAAUUUACCUUUUAUGAAUGUGAGAGUUUUUACGUACCUUAUAGGAAGGGAGGUAUCUGAUGUUAGAGAAGUUAAGUGGAUGGCUUGUGCAAAUCAAGGAUAUUAUGUACAUUUAAGUACAUACGCAGAAGUACGAGAAGAAGUUUUGAAUUACAUACCUGUUAUGGCAAGACCUAUGGUCUUAAAUCCGACCCAAAAACCUAAUCCUACAUGGAGUCCCGUCUAUGCUGAUGUAACAGAUCCAAAACUGACAAAUUGGUUGUGGAUAAAUAGGGAAAGAAAUCGACAAAGGGAGAGAUUCAUGGGGUAUAGAAAGUUGAAACAUAUGCUUUCUUCCGGUCACUUGGAUAGAACAUUUGUUCAUCAACAAAAGAUACAUCAAGACAACUACGGUGAUACUCAAAUAUAUCAUCUCAUGACAUCGGUCUCAUUGCCAGUUUAUGAUAAAAAACCUCGUCAGGAAAGAGUGGCAAAUCUACUAGGAGUCGCAGGAACUGAUAUUCCCAUUGAAUACAUUCAGAGGCUCAUGCUACCGUAUAGGCUGGGGGUGAAUGGAUAUGCGUUUAUAGUAACCAACAAUGGUUACAUUCUAACGCAUCCAGAUCUUAGGCCAGUGUAUCAGGGUAUUUUGAAACCAGCAUAUAAUAGAGUCGAUAUGAUUGAAAUUGAAAUUCUUGAUGAUGAAUCUGAGCCUAGGAAUUUCAGUGAUAAAAUUCGUGAGUUUAGGAGACAAGUAGUUAUGCAGUACAGUGGAAAUAUCACUCUAGACGUUAAAGGGCAUCUAGACGAUAUGAGACGAAUUACUUUUAUGAAAAGAGAUUACUACUUCAGAGGAAUAAAUGGUACUCCAUUUAGUCUUGUUAUAUCUCUUCCAAAGAAAUACGGAUAUACUCGAGUAGAGCCCAAAGUUGAAAACGACAUUCAUCGUUUAACAUUGUCUCAGCCUUCUGAUAAAAAACCACUUUUGCGAUAUUUCACUGGAAAUUGGACCAUUCACCCUGACUGGCACUAUUGUCGUUAUUUAGACAAUAGAAAACAUUUUGAUAAUCCCGAAGAGGAACUUCUCCAUUUCCUGCAAAUUAUGGAGAAGCAUGCUUGGAAAUGGUCCAAAGAAUCCGAAUGUGACAGAAAAUUAGUCUGCCAUGUUGUGUCGGACGCCAAACUAACGGAGUGGUUUAAUGACAACAUCACUACAACCAGUCGAGAGGAAAAUGGGUACGGUGGUAAAGAUUAUUACGAAUUUAAGGAAAUACUAGAUUUUUUCGAGUUGUGCAAAUGUUGCAAGUGCUCAUGUAAUAAUUCUUUUGCAUGCAGAGCGGAAUUGGUAAAAAAGAUAGGAAUUGUUAUUGCAUUCAUGGCAACCCACAGUGGUCUCACAAGAUGGCAAAAUUUUCCACAAAAUAUUGAAACACCCGAACAAGAGCCAAACUUUGAAAUUCUCCACAAUAAAGCCACUGAUGAAAUUUGGUAUAAACGAGCUGUUGAGCAUCAUUAUGUUGAUCCACAAGACUUUAUCUAUGCUGUCCCACAUUAUACAGGAAACUCGAGCCUAAGUUUAGUCACUGUUAGUAAGGCGAUAUUUCGAGAAGAUGGUAGUAAGAAAGCCCCAGUAGCUGUUGUUGGAUAUCAGUUUUUCCACGGAGCUUUACAAAAUUUAUUCACACAAAUUACAAGUAAAUGUGGAAACAUUCCAUGUAAAAGAACAUGUGCAUCACAGGAACUUCAUUGUUUAGUACUAGAUGAUAACGGUUAUGUCAUCGUUAGCGACAAUCCCAAAGAAACAGGUUUCUUUUUUGGAAAAAUAAUGCCGGACAUUAUGAAUCAACUGCUAGAAGAAAAAAUUUAUAAAGUUACCACUAUGUAUGAUUAUCAAGGUUUAUGUGCCGAAGGUCAAGAGAUGGAAAGCCCAGCAACCAGGAUACUAUCGCCAAUUGUUCACAUUAUUAACUUGUUUAAUUGGUUUGCUGGAUAUUUCAUUUCACUUAUCAAAACUGUAGCAGGAAACCAGUUUGAAAUUUUUCCUUCUGAGCAUUUUCAAGAAACUCAUUAUGAAGUUAUGGAUGAAAAUGAAUAUUCUGCUCAUAAUAACGACAAUAACCAUUACGAAGAAGCAGAAAUGCCUUUGAGCGAUAAAGAAUUUGUACAGAAAUUUGCUAUACAAGUAACAAAACCUGAACCGUGUGAUACUCAAAUGGCUUUAUAUUCGCUUGUUCACUAUUCAGAUAGAAAUAUCUCAACUAGCGCUUAUAACAAAACUAUGGUGGAAUGUUCGAGGCCAUACAUUGUCCAAAAGGUGUCUGGAAGCAACAUGAUUCUAUUAGUUGUAAACAACGUCUGUCUAGGCGAACCAAAUACUAGCAUAGAUACUCCUGAUCCUGUAGAAGUAGAUUAUAAUAUGUCCUUAGCUUGUUAUAGAGCAACAUAUAACGACUUUCCCAGAAGACAUUAUAUGAGUUGCAUUAACAGAAAUGCAAAUGAGAGUGAAAUCAAAAUUUGUGGAAAAGCUUCAUACAUAUCACCAACAAAAAUUGUACCUACGUUACUAUUAACCAUUUUAUCAAAUUUUUUCAUAUUAUCAUAAAAUUUAUAAAACAUAUAGUUCAGAAAUUUUUCAAACAUCUGUGAUACAUUCAAUAUUCUCUUGUCUUGUUAAGUUUACCUUGAUAUUAUUGGUAUCAAUGUAUGUCAUUUUUAUUGUUUUUGUAAUUUUGUUAAAAAUAAUUGUUAUUUGGUUUAUGUAUAUUUUAUGUAAAUUUAUUGAAAUAAAAAUAAUUUAUGAUUAAC